AUGAUUGCUACUCUUGGAUUGAACACUGGUGCUCCUUACCAUUUAUUUCUUUACUCAAUUGCCCUCGGAGGCUCAGUAUUCCACAGUUUUGUGGUAUCUCCACUUGCUUUUAAGCACUUGCCUCGUCAAGAAUUUGGAAAUCUUCAGAAUAAAGUCUUUCCCACAUACUUUAUAGGCCAAGCAGUGGUGCCUCUAGUGUUGGGACUCACCUCGCCUUUCAGAUUGUGUCCAUUUCUGACCGGAGUCUUGGCCGUUUCCGGUAUUGCUGGUGCGUUGAACUACCUUGUCUUGUUGCCUAUUUGUCGUAAUAUCAAGGAACAAAGAGACAAGUUGGUGGCCAACAAGCUCCACGAAACCAUUGAGGGAGGAGAAGUCAAACCUAGUGACAAGUACACAGAGUUGAACAAGACGUUUGGUAUGUACCAUGGUAUCUCAUCUUUGCUCAACAUUUUGUCCAUUGCGUCUUUGGCCAUUUAUGGUACCGUGAUGUCCAAGCGUUUAGUCCGCUAA